AGACUCGGCGCUCGGCUGCCCGGCGCAUCGACGCCCUCGGCGCUCUGGGCAGGCGGAAGUGGAGGCUGGCGAUUGGGGGUCGCCGCCCAAGAGCUUUUCCUGGAAGCGGCAGGGACCCGGUCCGAGCUGCUGGAGGGGAGGCAGGGAGGCCCAGAUUAUCUUUGUUACUAGAUCUUCAGUUUGCUCAACAAAUCACAAUGUCUCGUUCACGACAACCCCCCCUUGUGACAGGCAUCUCUCCAAAUGAAGGAAUACCAUGGACCAAGGUCACAAUUAGAGGAGAAAACCUGGGAACUGGCCCAACCGACCUCAUAGGUUUGGCAAUUUGUGGACAUAAUUGCCUCCUGACAGCAGAAUGGAUGUCUGCAAGUAAAAUAGUAUGUCGAGUUGGACAAGCCAAAAAUGACAAAGGAGACAUAAUUGUCACAACCAAGUCAGGUGGCAAAGGAACCUCAACUGUCUCUUUCAAGCUACUCAAGCCUGAAAAAAUAGGUAUUUUGGACCAGUCUGCUGUGUGGGUUGAUGAAAUGAAUUACUAUGAUAUGCGUACUGACAGGAAUAAAGGAAUUCCUCCCUUGUCCCUACGUCCUGCUAAUCCACUUGGCAUUGAGAUUGAAAAAAGUAAAUUUCCCCAGAAGGAAUUGGAAAUGCUGUUUCCUGGAAUGAGUGCUGAUUUUACAAGUGAGAAUUUUUCAGCUGCCUGGUAUCUGAUAGAGAACCACUCAACCACCAGUUUUGAGCAGCUCAAAAUGGCAGUCACUAACCUGAAGAGACAGGCUAACAAGAAGAGUGAGGGCAGCCUGGCUUGUGUGAAAGGGGGUCUUAGUACUUUCUUUGAAGCCCAGGAUGCUCUUGCAGCCAUCCAUCAAAAACUAGAAGCGGAUGGAACGGAAAAAGUAGAAGGAUCCAUGACGCAAAAACUGGAGAAUGUUCUAAACAGAGCAAGUAAUACUGCAGAUACAUUAUUUCAAGAAGUAUUAGGUCGAAAGGACAAGGCAGAUUCCACUAGAAAUGCACUCAAUGUCCUCCAGCGAUUUAAAUUUCUUUUCAACCUUCCUCUAAAUAUUGAAAGGAAUAUUCAAAAGGGUGAUUAUGAUGUGGUUAUUAAUGACUAUGAAAAGGCCAAGUCACUCUUUGGAAAAACAGAGGUGCAAGUUUUCAAGAAAUAUUAUGCUGAAGUAGAAACACGGAUUGAAGCUUUAAGAGAAUUACUUCUGGACAAAUUGCUUGAGACACCAUCGACCUUACAUGACCAGAAACGUUAUAUAAGGUACCUGUCUGACCUUCAUGCACCGGGUGACCCUGCUUGGCAGUGUAUCGGAGCUCAGCACAGAUGGAUCCUUCAGCUCAUGCACAGCUGCAAAGAGGGCUAUAUACAAGACCUGAAAGGUACCGCAGGCCUGCACAGUCCCAUGGUGGAUCUGGAUAGUGAUGUUCGCCCCUCAGUGUUGGCCCAUCUUAGUCAGACAGCAUCACUGAAGCGGGGCAGCAGCUUUCAGUCUGGUCGAGAUGACACAUGGAGAUAUAAAUCUCCCCACCGGGUAGCAUUUGUUGAAAAAUUGACCAAGCUUGUUUUAAGUCAGCUGCCUAAUUUCUGGAAACUCUGGAUUUCAUAUGUUAAUGGAAGCCUGUUCAGUGAGACUGCUGAGAAGUCAGGCCAGAUUGAAAGAUCAAAGAAUGUCAGGCAAAGACAAAAUGAUUUUAAGAAAAUGAUUCAGGAAGUAAUGCAGAGUCUUGUGAAGCUGAUCCGUGGAGCACUACUCCCACUUAGCAUCCCAGAGGGUGGAGUAAGGCAGUAUGGAGGCUGGGAGGUGAAGUCUGAGCUCUCUGGACAGUGGCUCGCUCAUGUCAUACAGACCAUAAGGCUUACUUAUGAAUCACUGACUGCCCUUGAAAUUCCUAAUGACAUGUUACAGACUAUCCAGGAUCUCAUUUUGGAUCUCCGAGUACGUUGUGUAAUGGUCACAUUGCAACACACAGCAGAAGAAAUAAAGAAAUUAGCUGAAAAGGAAGACUGGAUUGUCGAUAAUGAAGGGUUGACUUCUCUACCAUAUCAGUUUGAACAGUGCAUUGUACAUUCUCUGCAAUCACUUAAAGGAGUUCUAGACUGCAAGCCUGGAGAAACCAGUGUCUUUCAACAACCUAAAACACAGGAGGAGGUUUGCCAACUAAGCAUCAAUAUCAUGCAGACUUUUAUAUAUUGUCUGGAACAAUUGAGCACCAAGCCUGAUGCAGAUGUAGAUACUGCACAUCUUUCCGUUGAUGUUUCUUCUCCUGAUUUGUUUGGAAGUAUUCAUGAAGACUUCAGUUUGACUUCUGAACAACAACUUUUGAUAGUCCUAAGUAAUUGCUGCUACCUACAGUGUCACACCUUCCUAAAUAUAGCAGAACAUUUUGAAAAGCACAACUUUCAAGGAAUAGAAAAAAUAACACAGGUUAGCAUGGCCUCAUUGAAAGAAUUAGACCAAAGACUGUUUGAAAAUUACAUUGAGUUGAAAGCAGAUCCCAUUGUUGGCUCCUUAGAACCUGGAAUUUAUGCAGGCUAUUUUGAUUGGAAAGACUGCCUGCCUCCAACAGGUGUCAGAAACUAUUUAAAAGAAGCAUUGGUGAAUAUAAUUGCAGUGCAUGCAGAGGUGUUCACUAUUUCCAAAGAAUUGGUGCCUCGGGUCCUGUCCAGGGUGGUGGAAGCAGUGUCUGAAGAGCUCAGUAGACUAAUGCAGUGUGUGUCAUCCUUCAGCAAAAAUGGAGCAUUACAGGCGAGGCUUGAAAUCUGUGCGCUGAGGGACACUGUGGCUGUCCACCUGACGCCUGAAAGCAGGUCCAGUUUUAAGCAGGCUCUGGAAGCGCUGCCCCAGCUUUCCAGCGGAGCAGACAAAAAGUUACUGGAAGAGCUGCUGAACAAGUUCAAGAGCAGUAUGCACCUGCAACUCACCUGUUUCCAAGCUGCUUCUUCAGCCUUGAUGAAAACAUAAAUGCCUCCAAAGUAAGGGUCAUCCAAAGAUAACAAGUGAUGA